AUGCUGGAUCACUCUCCUGAUCUCUCUGACGGUUUUCGUGGUGUUAUUGAAAAGGAGCUCAGAGCCCUUACAGUAGGUUCGACCGUGGAAAUUGAGGUCGAAAAUACGUGUUAUGAUGCCGUUUCUACGAAGUCGAAGAUAUCGGUCCACCUAGAUCGCCUUUCCGUUCCUCAAAACUUUCUUCCAACGCCUGUGGCCGAUGAGGAAGAGAAAAACCAACCAAAACUGCAUGACAACCCACAAGCCGGUGGUCACGCUGAGCACACUAUCACCACGAACAAUUGUGCCUGGCGGGUUCUCACAUCGCGACUUUGGCUUGCCCGUGCGAUUGCCCUCAAGGCACGUGGUACUCACCUCCUUACCGAAACUCAUGGCAGCUUGGAACCAUUUGCCCCGUCUCGUCUCGAAGCGGCCUUUCGUUGUUAUUCCCGAGCUCUGCAACUUGUCACCUUGCUCAGUGUUGUAGCCCGAUUACCGGCAAAUGAAGAAGAGGAAGAAGAAGAAGAAAAAUCAUGUGAGAUGUUUGUCGGUUUCGAAGACGGGGAAUAUAUAGAUAUGGACAGUUGUUCUCCCAUUGACUUUGAUCCUCUUCAAGAUAAAUUUGAAUUGGAUGCAUUGGCGAAGUUGCAUUUCAGCCUACUGUCAAAUAUGGCACUUUGUCAACUGAAAGCUGGCUCCCUGGGAUUCGCGGUUAAACAGUGCACAACGGCGUUAGAUAUGGCUCCCGAUGAUGACACCCUAUUGGCCGAAGAGCAUGUUGAACAUAGAAUAAGUCUGAAAGAAGUCGAGAAAGUCUUAUACCGGCGUGCACUGGCCUAUUCGAUGUUGGAUUUGUUAGACGAAGGAAUCGCCGACACACAGCGCGUCCUUCGACUAAACCCGGCAAAUCAGGCCGCGUGUAGACUCUAUGCAGACCUGAAGUCACGCGUCAGUGCUCUCAACUCAAAAUUGGCCGAACGACUGAAAAAAGCCUUUUAA